CUCAUUUCCUGUCAGCCAGGCUAAUCCACCAACCACCAUUAAGCUGGUGAACGACAGAAACACCGAAACACUUCCUGGCUCUCCAGUUUAUCAUCCUUGCUUCCGUCUAACAGUCUUCAUAGCCUGAUGAUUGUGCGGCAGUUCAUCUGUCGGGGUGUAGUGAACUCUGUUGUGUGUGCCAGCCGGAAAAGACCACCAGGCACCCAGAACAUGUCCAGACCAAGUUCAGACCUGGCAGCUUUCAGGGAGAUUUUCUCAAAAGCCCAGAAUAUAGCCAUCCUCACUGGGGCAGGAGUGAGUGCAGAGAGCGGAGUCCCAACCUUCAGAGGAGCUGGAGGCUACUGGAGGAAAUGGGAGGCACAGGAACUUGCCUCACCGGGGGCCUUCUCCAGAAAUCCCUCCCGUGUUUGGGAGUUUUACCACUACCGCCGUGAGGUCAUGCUCACCAAAAAUCCAAACCCCGCCCACCUCGCCAUCGCAGAGUGUGAGGGGCGACUGAGCAAACAAGGACGUACGGUUACAGUCAUCACUCAAAAUAUCGACGAGCUUCAUCGACGCGCUGGAUCUAAAAACCUCCUGGAAAUCCACGGCAGCCUGUUUAGAACACGCUGCAUGAGCUGCAGUCAUGAAGCCGCCAAUUACAAAAGCCCCAUCUGUGACGCUCUGAAGGGCAAAGGAGCUCCAGACCCAAAAACAGAUGACGCCAACAUCCCUGUGCAACAUCUGCCCAGGUGUGAGCAGAGAGGAUGCCAGGGCCUCUUGAGACCAGCUGUGGUUUGGUUUGGAGAGUCUCUGGACUCAGACAUCCUCACCCGAGCAGAACAAGUGUUGGACAGCUGUGACCUGUGCCUCGUGGUUGGUACUUCCUCCAUUGUGUAUCCAGCGGCCAUGUUUGCUCCUCAGGUGGCAGCCAGAGGUGUCCCUGUGGCUGAAUUCAACAUGGAAAACACACCAGCCACCAUGCGCUUCCAGUUCCACUUUCAUGGCCCCUGUGGAACUACGCUGCCUCCUGCUUUGGAACGCCACGAGACAGAGAAGAAAUAAAAACACGCCCUGGAUGUCAGCUGCACACAGACCAGACUGUCCAACACUGGAGGACUUAUUGGUACAAAAACACAAAAUAAUCAGUGAAAUGUAAUGAGAACCCAACAUGAACAGUGUCGGGGUGGGUUCAUGAAGAUAAGGACAGCUAUUUCAAAAUGAAGGAAACAGUUUGCUUAUGCUGUUACAGGAUUAAAAUGAUGGUGAGGUCUAAAAACACGUUAUGAGAUCUUAUACACAAAGCACUUUAGGCAUUGAAAUAAAAGAUGAUUCAUUUAGUCUUUCUUGGGCAUUUUUUAAAAUCAUUUUUAAUUUCUGGUGUUGUAGUGAAUAAUACACUGAUACCAAAUCAAACCAUAACUCUAAGCUGUCAGCAAAUGUAUUUAUGAUGAUAAAACUUGUUUUUAUUUGUGAUUAUAGAGGGAUUAAUGAUGCUUUUCAUAAUAGGAGAUGUUGAAAGAGGGAAAUGAAUGCAUAGUACCUACUGAUUUAAUACUGAUAUAAGCAGGUCAAUUCAUCACUCCUUUCCUUUUGGAUUGAAUUAGAAGUCAACAUUUGUCUGUAGGGGGCAGUGUUUAGCUGUUGUGCAGCUUCACCUCCAGUUAGAAAGCAAAAACUGACUCCUGCCAAAGGAUCACUGGGAUGUAUGGUGUGUUUUUUUUGUGUAUGUGAGUGUAUCUGUCAGUGCAUUCUUGUCUGAGUUCAUACAGCAGUGUGAUUUGUUCCAGUAGCCAUGUGUAGAGCACCAGUUAAACCAGGGAAACCAGGGACUGUGCAUCCUCUCUGUGUGCAGCCAGUCAGGAAAAAGAUGCAUGGCUUGUCUCAUGAAUGUUCAAGUUUGGAAAUAAUUGAAACAGCAUAUUCAUAUGCAAAUGAAAUAAAUGAAUGCUCUUACAAACUGAAGAUGUCUCUGCAGAGCUUCACGCUGCACGAGCUGCACAUGAAUCUGAAUAAAAAAUGAUGAUGGUGUAUCACAGCAGUGUGCUGGUGGGAUGGUAGUGGACUGAAUAUUAUA